GUAAAAUAACUAUCUUAUUCAAUAACAAAAUAUUAACUGUAUAUUUUCUUAAUAUUUGGUAGGUUUUGUAUUAGUAGUUCAGUAGUAGUUGCAAUAUUCUAUUAGUAUUUAUUAUGAAAUUGCUUGUACUUUUUGCACGCUCUUGUUUCGCACCUGAGCAUGUCUCUAGCUUCUUCUAUCGCCACUGCUCCUCAUAUUAAUAACUGAUGGUUGCAGUUACAGGAGAUGAGAUGGCCACAAUCACUGCCACUCAACGUGUAGUGAAUAAUCAUUUGACUAACUUCAAUUAUCAUCAUUUGUCAAGUGUUAUUAAAUACUUAAAUAAUCAGCAGCAGCAUCAACAACAACCACAACAAACAAAAACGUGGACAACUACCAAUGCAUUAUCAAUAUCACAAAGAUAUUUUGAAAAAAUUGCACCAGUAUCUGUAGGCAUUCCUACGCUGAUGAAUCAAAAUUUUUAUGAUAUGCAGGAUUCUGGCUCUGAUGCAUCGGGUCAUGAUGGAUAUGGAAGACAUCGGAGACACAAUAGAGACAAAGAGCCUAUAUUUCAAUGUCCUGAUUGUGACAAAAGGUAUCGAUCUAAAACAAGUUUAAGUUUACACAAGCGACUGGAAUGUGGAAAAGAACCAGCAUUCCAGUGUCCUUACUGCCCGCUCAAAACCCACCAGAAAGGUAACUUGCAAGUGCAUAUUAAAAAGAAACAUAAUGAUCACGGGGAACUUAAUAGGACUUAUUGAAUUUUUUUAGUUAAAUAACAUUGUCUGAUGAACAUUUAGAGAGGUAUAGUGCCAUCCAUUGAGUCAUGGUAUAUUUUAAAUAAAAAUAAACAGUUAUCAUUUUUUAAUUACAUAAAAUAUAUUAAAAGGCUGGUUCCAAAAUGUGUUAGAUUUAUAAUUUCAUAUUUUUAACAUUAUAUUUUUUAUGUAGUAAAUAGUUAAUUAUUUAAGUUGAAUACUAACUACUUUAAAUAACAAAUAUUUCACGUGUAAAUAACAAUCUAGACCUAACAUGUAUUAAAACAUUACAUUUUCUCUAGUUAUCUUUAAUUAACCCUAAUAAUUAAUAUAAUAAAAAUAAAACAUAUUUUUUAAAAACAAACAUAUUUUGUCCCCAAAGAUUGGAGCAUCAUGGAUACAGGGUGUUAUAUUUCAUAUUUAUACAUGAUCCCCAUAGCUGCCUUAAUAAGUUUAUUAUUCAAAUUUUCCUGACAAUAUAU